AUGUCGCUCAGUGUUCCUAAUUUAGAAACUAUAAAUUUGUGUGAUAAUAUUAACUUUGACAAGGAUAUAUCCUCUCAUAAUUUUGAAGGAGGUGUUCUUCCGAUGAAAUUCAAACUUGGUAUAGUUAAACCUUUAUAUCAAAAAGAGGAAAGAAAACAACCACAGAACUACAGACCAGUUGCCUUAACCUCAGUCUUUGGUAAAUUGAUUGAAAAAAUAAAGCUUGAAAUAUUAAUCGACCACCAUAAUACGAAUAACUUAAUAGGAGAUUUCCAACAUGGAUUGAGAAGUGGUCGGAGCACCAAAUCUGUAACAGUACAGAUUGUACACUUUGAAGGAGGUGUUCUUCCGAUGAAAUUCAAACUUGGUAUAGUUAAACCUUUAUAUCAAAAAGAGGAAAGAAAACAACCACAGAACUACAGACCAGUUGCCUUAACCUCAGUCUUUGGUAAAUUGAUAGAAAAAAUAAAGCUUGAAAUAUUAAUCGACCACCAUAAUACGAAUAACUUAAUAGGAGAUUUCCAACAUGGAUUGAGAAGUGGUCGGAGCACCAAAUCUGCAACAGUACGGAUUGUACACUGUCUGAUAAACUAA